GGGCGCGGGGGCGGGGCGCGGCGCUCACUGCUGCGGCUUGGGAGAGAGAGGCCGGGCAGGCGGCGGGCGGUGCGAGGCGCCGCUCUCAACCUGAUUGACCGACUGACCCUCGAGCUGACGGGCUGACCGGCGGACGGCGGAGGCGGGAGUCAGAAGCCGCGCCGGGCGACGCUGAGAACGAUCGCGUCAGGUUCCGCGGCCGCCGCUUGGUCGGUGUGCUGAAUGAAGCGCCCGCCCCGCUGAGCCCCGAGUCCGGCGCGUUCCCCGCAAGAUGGACGGUUUCGCCGGCAGCCUCGAUGAUAGUAUUUCUGCUGCAAGCACCUCUGACGUUCAAGAUCGCCUCUCAGCUCUUGAGUCACGAGUUCAACAACAAGAAGAUGAAAUCACCGUGCUAAAGGCAGCGUUGGCUGAUGUUUUGAGGCGUCUUGCAAUCUCUGAAGAUCAUGUAGCCUCAGUGAAAAAAUCCGUGCCGAGUAAAGGCCAACCAAGCCUUCGAGAAGCUAUUUCUAUGUCCUGUAUAACCAAUGGAAGUGGUAUAAACAGGAAACAGAAUCACACCAGCUCUAUAUCAAUAGCAAGAAAAGAAACUCUUUCUUCGGCUGCUAAAAGUGGUACAGAAAAAAAGAAAGAAAAGCCACAAGGACAGAGAGAAAAAAAAGAGGAGUCUCAUUCUAAUGAUCAGAGCCCACAAAUCCGAGCAUCACCUUCUCCCCAGCCCUCUUCACAGCCUCUCCAAAUAAGCAGACAAACUCCAGAGAGCAAGAGUUCUGCUCCCACCAAAAGCAUAAAACGUCCACCAACAGCUGAAAAAUCACAUAACUCAUGGGAAAAUUCAGAUGAUAGUCGUAAUAAAUUAUUGAAAACGGUUUCAACAUCAAAACUAAUAUCAAAGGUUAUAAAAAAUACAGACAAACAUAAAGAUGUCAUCGUCAAUCAAGCAAAAAUGUCAACCCGGGAAAAAAGCAGCCAAGAAGGAGAGUAUAUUAAAAUGUUUAUGCGAGGUCGGCCAAUUACAAUGUUCAUUCCUUCGGAUGUUGACAACUAUGAUGACAUCAGAACAGAGCUGCCUCCUGAGAAGCUCAAACUGGAGUGGGCAUACGGUUAUCGAGGUAAGGACUGCCGAGCGAAUGUCUGCCUGCUCCCCACGGGGGAGAUAGUCUAUUUCAUUGCCUCAGUGGUGGUCCUGUUCAAUUACGAGGAGAGGACUCAGCGACACUACCUGGGUCAUACAGACUGUGUGAAAUGCCUUGCUAUACAUCCUGACAAGAUUAGGAUCGCAACUGGACAAAUAGCCGGAGUGGACAAGGACGGAAGGCCUCUGCAACCCCAUGUCAGGGUGUGGGAUUCAGUAAGUCUUUCCACACUGCACGUUAUUGGACUUGGAACUUUUGAGCGUGGAGUAGGAUGCCUGGAUUUUUCAAAAGCAGACUCAGGUAUUCAUUUAUGCGUGAUUGAUGACUCCAAUGAGCAUAUGCUUACGGUAUGGGACUGGCAGAAGAAAUCAAAAGUAGCAGAAAUAAAGACAACAAACGAAGUUGUUUUGGCUGUAGAAUUCCACCCAACAGAUGCAAAUACAAUAAUAACAUGUGGUAAAUCUCAUAUUUUUUUCUGGACCUGGAGUGGCAAUUCACUAACAAGAAAACAGGGAAUUUUUGGGAAAUAUGAAAAACCAAAAUUUGUUCAGUGUUUGGCAUUCUUGGGGAAUGGAGAUGUUCUCACUGGAGACUCUGGGGGAGUCAUGCUUAUCUGGAGCAAAACUACGGUGGAGCCCCCGCCCGGGAAAGGGCCUAAAGGUGUAUAUCAGAUCAGCAGACAAAUCAAAGCUCACGAUGGCAGUGUGUUUACGCUCUGUCAGAGGAGAAAUGGGAUGCUACUAACUGGAGGUGGGAAAGACAGAAAAAUCAUUUUGUGGGAUCAUGAUCUGAACCUUGAAAGAGAAAUUGAGGUUCCUGAUCAGUAUGGCACAAUUAGAGCAGUUGCAGAGGGAAAGGCAGAACAGUUCUUAGUAGGCACAUCACGCAACUUUAUUUUACGGGGAACAUUUAAUGAUGGCUUCCAAAUAGAAGUACAGGGUCAUACAGAUGAACUCUGGGGCCUCGCAACACAUCCCUUCAAAGAUUUGCUCCUGACGUGUGCUCAAGACAGGCAGGUGUGCAUGUGGAACUCCGUGGAGCACAGGCUGGAGUGGACCAGGCUUGUGGACGAACCGGGACACUGUGCAGACUUUCAUCCAAGUGGUGCGGUGGUAGCUAUCGGAACACACUCAGGCAGGUGGUUUGUUCUGGAUGCGGAAACAAGAGAUCUGGUUUCAAUCCACACUGAUGGGAAUGAGCAGCUCUCUGUGAUGCGCUACUCAGUAGAUGGUACUCUUCUGGCUGUGGGAUCUCAUGACAACUUUAUUUACCUCUACACAGUUUCAGAAAAUGGAAGGAAGUACAGCAGAUAUGGAAAGUGCACUGGACAUUCUAGCUACAUCACACACCUUGACUGGUCCCCAGACAAUAAGCAUAUAAUGUCUAACUCGGGUGACUACGAGAUACUGUACUGGGACAUUGAAAAUGGCUGCAAACUAAUCAGGAACCGAUCAGAUUGUAAGGACAUCGAUUGGACAACAUACACCUGUGUGCUAGGCUUCCAAGUCUUUGGUGUCUGGCCAGAAGGAUCCGAUGGAACAGACAUCAAUGCACUGGUUCGAUCCCACAAUAGAAGGGUGAUCGCCGUGGCCGAUGACUUCUGUAAAGUCCAUCUGUUUCAGUAUCCCUGCUCCAAAGCAAAGGCUCCCAGUCACAAGUACAGUGCCCACAGCAGCCACGUGACCAACGUCAGUUUCACUCAUAAUGACAGUCACCUCAUUUCAACUGGUGGGAAGGAUAUGAGCAUCAUUCAGUGGAAACUUGUGGAAAAGUUACCUUUGCCUCAAAAUGAGGUCGUAACAGACAUCAGUUUAACCAAAGCCCCUGCCUCUUCCACUGAAAAUGCCAGGCCAACUAACCCUCCUCCACUGCCUCCUUCCCAACCACUAACUGGAACGGUUGAAGAAGAAAGCAGAAUAAGCAGCUCCCCCACGCUGGUGGAGAACAGCCUGGAGCAGAUCGCAGAGCCCAGAGAGGAGCAGAGCGAGUGGGGCAGUGAAGACCUUGCUAUGGUGAUUGAUGAAGAGCCUGCUAGUGAAUUAGGUGAGAAGCUGGGAGCAACUGAGCUGCCUGAGGAGGAGCAAGGCACAACACCCCUGUGCUAAGACCCAGGCUCCAGUACUCCUCUGCUGCCUGUGAUGUGAUGGGGCCAGGUAACAGGACGGCCAGUGACGGGCAGUCACUGUGGAUGGAGGUUUGUUUCCCAUGAGGUCAGACGCUCUUUGACAGUCAUCAGUGAGCUAGAGCAAACCAGGAGAUUGGUAGAUGUUGACAACUUAACCAAACUUAAACAGCAGGAGACUGGCAGGUGAGUGUGUCUAAAAAAAUCAAUGUGUGUGGUGCAGAUACUGGAAACAAAACUGCAGCUUGUACCCAUUUGAAGAAACCCGUUAUCUGAACUCGAUUUCCUUGCAACAGCUGGAGACCUCGCAGGCACCAUUGAUCGAUCGCUCGGCUGCUGGCUCAGGCUGCCAUUUUUUCCUGACGCAAAAACCAGCAGGAAAAAUUGCUCUUGUUGUGAUACUGUCCCACUCAGCUGUCUAAUGGGGACUUUGUAACUAAGAAUUUAAGUAUUGCCAAGUACGAUGGUGUUACCUUUCCGUGUGAUACUGCAUUUUCUCACACUACCCGAGAUGUCCAGACGUGCUUGGUAGGCUACUCCCUAGGUGCCGCCUGUCUAAGUUAUAACAAGGAACCGUCCUCAAUGGCUUGUGUACAAAUUGCAUUAUCCCAGAAGCAAGCCUUGGUUUGUUGAAGAGCUUUUAAUGUCUAGUGGACCGCGAUUCUGAGGGAGGUGAUUCUCCAAGGAGUCCUUCACUGGCCUAAACAUUCUCUAAUAUUUGGCAUUCAAGGGAAUGGAAGAAAAACAAAAACCGCAUGCCUUUACCAGAUAAACUGUAAUAAUGACGACCUACUAAUGGUCGCUAGCCUUCAGCACUGUCUGUUCCCUCAGUAGAAAUAGAAACACAGUCGUUGAAUUGGUGCUUGAAAUUCAUUGGUUUAGUUAUAAUUUUUAUACAAAUUACACCAAGAGAUAAGAUGUCUUUUUUACAGAAGUGUAAUAGUAGUCACAGUGCCACUUACAAGUUGCAGAUGUACUAUCUGUGGGCAUUUCCUUGCAAUGAUGGUAUGGCUAGCUUUGGUUUGGGCAGUACAUGUGUUAGUAUACCUGGGUAAGUCGGGCUUUGAUAAGUUUUGUCAGAUAACUAGUUUUCCUAAGUAUGUGUUUCCUACUUAAAUUACUGACAAGUGUGCAUUUCCUAUGUUUGUUUAUACUUUGAUUACAAAACUGUUUAUUUUUUUUUAACUUGCUAUAUUGUUUUCAUACUUUUUUGUUGUUGGAUUAUGUAACUUUUCCUAAGUUCAGAAGUCUUAAGUGUGCAAGCGUUUACGUGAUUGUGCCAUUCCAGAGUGCGUCAGAACUGUCAUUCUCUUCCAGUACCUUCUCAGGAGUAACAUAUCAGGUAUGUCAUCAUCGCUUGGAACCGUGACCGCCAAGGACACUCGCAACACUAUUCACACGCUGUGCAGAAGGUGUGUGGAGGGACAGCAGAGAGCAGUGUGUCUAAACAAGAUGCACACAUCCAAGCGCGUUCAGUGCAAGUCUGGGUCUGGGUAUAUGUCCAUGUAGCUCUCUCCUUUUGUUUACAACUUUUUUUAAUUAAGUAAAAAAAAAAAAAAAAAAAAAAAACUUCACCUCAACGUAGCUCUCUUCCAAAGAGGAGAUUUCAAGCCACCUGACUUCUUCAGUUUAGCCCUUACCCAGUUGUCAGAGAGCACUGCUUCAGGCAUCUCUGUCCACCAGCCAGCAGUGGAGAGGAAAUGAAGUCCUUGCAAAAUGGAUACUAGGAGAUGAACAAGCAAUUGAAGGAGAAGAAAGUGUGCUUCUGUCAGUGCCUGGAGGAUGCAGCUCUCCACAAGCAGGGACUUGAUUUGGGGACAUCUGUCACUUUUGAGGUUGCCAUGUACAAUGAGAUUUAUAUGAUACUCUUGGGUGGUAGUUUCCAAAGACACUACUACUGUGCAGAGAGCGUCCGGCCUCAGUGCUGGUGACUACUGUUUCAUGUCAGUCAGAUCUGUGAUAAUGGCUGGACGGAUGUGGGAUUAUGAAAUUGUUUUGUUUUGUUCUGUGUUUUUGUUUUGUUUUGUUUUGUUUUUUUAGAAAACUUGUGAAUGAAAAUGAACCCAAGUGUUUCAUGUGAAGAUGAGCCAUUUCUAUCAUGCAUUCCGGUGUCAUGGCAGAAAAUUUUGAAGAUAAACAAAUAAGAUAAUUAAACUUGU